AUGGGGGCCGGAGCCGGGCCCGCAGGGGUCCUGGCCUCCGUGACCACACCGCAGCAGAGACCACAGCUGAAGAACAGGGCCCCGCCCACCUCCCCUGAGCCUGCCCAGGCCCCCCCGCACUCCCCCUGUGAUGGGCCCUGUGAGUUUGGCCAGAAGCCACUGGCCAGCCCUGCCCACGGCCCCGCCUUCAUGGAGAACCUGGAGCAGGAGGCCGGGCUCCCCGCCCAGGGCUGCCCCCACCCCCAGCUCAGGGCACUAAAGUGUCUUCCUGGGAAGCCGGACACAGAGUCCAGCGAGAUCCCGGCGGCCCCAUUCUGGGAGAGUUUCAUCAUCUGUAAAAUGGGCCUGGCGUCAACGAUCCCAGGCCAUGGUGGUGAGGACUCGGUGAAGGGCUGCCCACCUGGUGCCAAAGUCAGCGUGGGCCCUCCAGGGGCCGCGAUUCGGGCUGCGCUGUGUGGGGUCCCGGACAGGAUGCUGCUGCUGCUCUGGGGGUCGCUGCUAUGCUGGCGGCUGCUGCCCCACACCCAGGGAGAGGCCCACAGCCUGUUCUUACGGAUCAGCAAAGACCAGGUGGAGACAGAAAUCUCCGAUCUGCUCUCGGAGAAUCAGAUCCUGCACCGCCUGGCCAAGAUGCCCGUGACGGGGCCCCCGGGCAAAGGGGCCGCCGCCCUGGAUCACCUCCCCUUCAUCAAACAGCGCUUGUCCCACAGGCACGGUGGCCUGGACCUGUCGCUCGUCGGGGACCUCCUCUCCGGGAGGAGUGGCCCUCUGCCAAGCCAGCUGCUCCAGGCAGGCGGGUUGGUCGUAGAAGAUGCCAGGGGACCCGAGGUCACCCUGAAUAUCCUGAGUGACAGCCUGCUGCAGGUGACGCUGCGCUGCAAACUGUACCUCUCGCUCCAGGGGGUCCUGUGGCUCAAGGUCAUUAAGAACAUUCGCAUCGGAGUACGGCUGGAACAGAGCGAGAACAGGACCGAGGUGGCCUUGGAGGAGUGCCACACACCCCCUGGAUACCUGAGCAUCGAGGUCCUGGAGCAGACGGACUCCCUGGUGGUGAACAAGCUUCUGGAGCUGGUGUCGGGAGUCCUGGACGAGGCACUGCCCUUCCUCCUACAGAAGAUCGUGUGUCCCAAGGCCACGAGCCUGCUCAACUUGCUGCUGGCAGACCUCCUCCACAGCACUCUGCCCCCGACCGGCUGGGGCCGGGACGACUUCCAGUAUUACGUCACGUCCACGGAGUUCACGGAGGAGGCCAUCCUGAUGCGCGCCCUGCUCGUGACCCGCUGCAGCCCGGGCCCGAGAGCCCCAAGGCCUGACCGCCCCGUCCCCCAGCCCAUGCCAAGGCUAAGCCAGGGCAGCGUGGCAGACCUGGUCUUCUGGGUGGACGUCUACAGUGACAUCCUGUCCUGCCUCUACUCCAGCGAGGACACCCACGUGGACCCCCAGGACUCCACUGCGGCCAGCCUCCUGCAGCUGCUGUCACCGAGCGAGCUGGAGCCUGGGUCCGAGGCCUCUCAUCAGUGGAGAGGGGGCGUGGGGCUGACCAUCAGCACCCCUCAUCCUCCCAGCAUCCACUUCGAUGGCCACAAGUUCACGGUCGUGCAGCCGGGCACGCUGGUGCUGCCAGGGCCUAGCAACACCUCUUCAGUCUCGGUUUUCUGGCAACUCCUUUCCGAGCCUGUGUUUGACUCCCAGGAUCAGGAACUAAAGCUCCAGUUCGCUCCAAACAGCAUCGCAAUCAUCCUGGGCACUUUCCCCGCGGGCCUCGGGGGGCAGAAGACACAGCUGCAGGCCCUGCUCGCCGAGCUCCUGAGCAGGACGUUUCUGCCCCGCCACAACCAGCGGCUCAGAGACCAGGGCCUCCCGCUGCCCAACAUCAAGGGCGUCUCCUUCGAGCAGGCCCAGGCGGUCCUCUCCCAGGCAGCCUGGGUGCGAACCCCCACUCACAGAUGA